AUGGAAGCCCUGAGAGCCUCGUACGGAGAAACAUCAUCCGACUCCGAAACUGAUUCAGUCCCGACCAACUUACCCGAAUCGAAUAAAUCAUCAUCUACUCUCCCGCUACCCCCUCUUGAUCUCCUCCAACCCUCAAAUUCGUCCGGUGCAUUUGAUUGCUCAUUACAAAACAAUCAAACCAAUCGAGUCCGUAACUUUCCCCACGUUGAAGGCAAUUUUGCUUUGCAUGUUUACAUCCCAGUUAGUAUACCGUUGGUACCAAGAAAGGAGCUAUCCCUGUUUUUGAGAAGGGUCACAACUGUAGUACCCGGACUUCAUGUGGUUGAUGUAGAUAUACCAUUAAAUAAUUUGGUUCAUGAUGUACGAAAAUUGGAUCAAGUUGUAUUGGGGAGGGAGUUUCAUGUGAGUUUGGGACGAACUAUUCCUAUUCGAGUGCAUCAACGGGAAUCCAUGGUCGGUAUGCUUCGCCAAAGGCUCCAUUCCCAGAGGAGGUAUUGGAUUGAUUUCAAUAAAUGGGAAGUUUUCGUCAAUGAUGAUCGUACCCGAACAUUUCUCUCAAUGGAAGUUACAACAGGAGGAUUAUCUGAGAUAAGAAAACAAAUUCAAGCUGUAAACGAGGUUUACAGGCUACAUAAUCUACCCGAGUUUUAUAAGGAUCCACGCCCUCAUAUAUCUGUAGCUUGGGCUUUUGGCGAUAUCAGUGAUUCCCUGAAGAGAGUGAUUGAAGAGGAGACAAAGAGAGACAUUACCAACGGGAACUUGUCACAGAAGCACAUUUUUACCUGCAAAUUUAGUGGCAUUUCAUGUAAAAUAGGUAACAAAACCUUUGAGAUAUGCAGAGUUCAGGAAGAUCAGGCUUGA